UUGUUAAUAUUGAAAGGAGAUCAUUUAUUUAUUUUUGUGUUAAUGGCCAACUGCUCUCAUUUCCUUUGUUUUUAUUGACUCUUGUAGGAUCCACAGUACAACACUGCCUUGCUAUAUAUGUAUAUAUAUGCAUGCAUGCAUCCAUCAAUCCUUCUUUAAUUUAGUAAAUAAUGUCAUUUGUUAAUAAAUCAUAUGGUUAUUCCAUGUUAAAAGAUUAUAUGAUGUUCUUGUAAUCAACAGAAUAUAUGACAUGCUUCUUCAGCCAUUCUUUGUUUAUUUGCUGUUUGUGGUAGUGCGGUUGUGCAGUUGUGCAGUUGCAGUUUAUUUGCUUCGCCAGCCAUUCUGUUGGGCUGGUGUUUAUUUGCUUCUUCAGCCAUUCUGUGUUUAUCUGCUGCCUCCCCUCCAGUAGUUUAUGCUUCCCCCUUCCUGCUGGAUCUUUCUGAUGAGGCUGGCAGCUUUUGGAGAUGUGCCAAGUAUCUUGAGUAUGUCCUCUUCUUCCUGCUGUGGCAGUGGUUUCUGCCAGCCCGGAGUCUGGAAUUCUGUAGCCUCUUGUUGGUUGUGUUCUCCCUCCAUUCGCUUCCCAGUUUUGUCUCUUGGUGUAAUGCCUGAGCUUGCACAGCGUGUUGAGAAGGAUUUGUUGAACAUCAUGAGCGGUGGAACAAUCGAAAAUGCAGAUAUCCUUAAAUAUUAUAAAGGAAAUAUCAGAAUUGCUGUCAAGCCUAGAAAAUGAAGAGAACAAACUCAUUUUUUUCGAGUAUUUUGUAGAUU